UUUUGUCAUCGGUUCAUAAUUUAGAAAAAAAUUAUUAAAUUUUAGUAAAAAGUUUAUACGUGAAAAAUAUGAGAAAGUUUCAAGUACUUACGGUGAACAAUGAUUUGGUGCAAAAAACAAAUUUACAAAUUGGUAAUAAUAUUAUCCCACAAAACGUUGGUACUGAACGGAAAAAUGGUCAAAUUACCAAAUAUGCAGCAACGAUCAAUUUGUUACCUAACAAUGAAUUGACACUAACGCCGGUUGUAUCGUGUUUCAUGAGAUCUUCUGAAACCUCUCGAUGGCAAUUACUUAAGCUGGGUACUACUGUUCCAAUUAAACCAGGUGACAUUUGUUCUUUGGUAUCAGAUAAAUGUUGCUUUAAAAUUGUACCUGUACCUUCCACAAUGGAAAUUAAGGAGGAACAUGCUGUGAAACGAAAAGCUGAAGGAGACAUAGAUUGUGAUAUACCUGACAAAAUGCUUUGUUCAGAGUCAGGGGAAGGAGAUAAUUUACGAUCUGUUAACAAUGUAUCAAAUGAUACAUUAACUAAUAACAAUAAUACAAUUACAAUAAAAGAUCAAGAAAUUUGUAUACCUAAAAAGGAUUUAUCAAAUGGUGUAGUUGCUACAGAAUCAAUAAGUCCAAUUAUUGGGACAAUUCAUGCAUCUAGUUCCAGCAAUGCAGAUGAAAUGCAUGCAUCAAAUUCAGCGAGUCCAGACAAUAUUGUAACAAGAAAUACAGAAUCGCAUGCUUCAGAGCAAGCAAAUAAGGAAAAUGUGGCUGCUCGUACUACAUCAAAAACGCCUAGAAGAGAGAAGUGCAUAUAUGGAGAAAAAUGUUAUAGGAGAAAUCCACAUCACAGAGCUAAAUUUAGUCAUCCCAAGGAUCCUGAUUACGAUAUUCCAGAUAACAGAAAAGAGUGUCCUUAUGGUACAAAGUGUUAUCGUAAAAAUCCUCAACAUAAAGAGGAAUAUAAACACACAACAAAAAAAGCUACUAACGAUAAGAAACGAAAUCAUCAAAAGCCAUCGCAACCGUUAUUGUAUGAUUUAUCUGACAUAGAAGAUUUAUUUGCAGAUGAUUCUGAGGAAGAAUCAGUAGAUGAAUCAGAGUACGAACCGACUAGCGAAGCGGAAUAUUCAGACUAUGACGAACACUUUGAUCAAAAUGAAAGUGACUGGGAAGAUGACAUAUUUGAUGAUUAAACAGAUGAAUAUUUUUGUAAUGGAUUUGAAACAAAUUUAAUUAUGUAUUCAGAGAUUUGCAUUUAGUACUUAUAUUAAUAUUGAUAGUUACUUGCUAUAUUGUCUAAUGUACAAAAUUGAGAAUACGUAAAAGAAUGUAUUUUGUGAACAAUUUGUUAUGAUAUUGAACAAUUAAAUAUAUUAUGAAAUCUGUAAAUAUAUUAAUAUAAUUGUAUGUAAUACAUUUUUAAGAUAAGAUAAUACAGUGAAACCGCCAUA